ACGCAACAAGGCCAAAUACGUCGACCCGCCCCAAUCCUUUGCACGCAUUCACCAGCCCAGAUACGCAGCCAAGAUGGCGCCCAAGCCGAACAAGUUGGCUUUCCUGUCCAUGCCAGCCCCGGCGUCCUACGUCGCGGGUCUUGGUCGAGGUGCUUCUGGGUUCACCACGCGGUCAGAUAUCGGUCCAGCGAGAGAAGGACCCUCCGCGGAAGUCAUCGCCGAGGCUCAAGCCCGCCGGGGUGAAGAAGCCGAGGUCGACCCGGACCAAUUCCAAGAUCCUGACAAUGAGUACGGUCUAUUCGCUGGCACUACAUAUGAGCAGGAUGACGAGGAAGCCGACAAGAUCUACCAAGACGUCGAUGAAGCUAUGGAUUCUCGUCGGCGGGCGCGUCGGGAGGCGCAGGAGCAGAUAGAGCUCGCGAAGCAUCGUGCCGAGCGGCCGAAGAUUCAGCAGCAAUUCGCGGACCUGAAGCGCGGGCUUAGCUCAGUCACAGACACGGAGUGGGAGAAUCUGCCCGAAGUCGGCAACCUCACGCGCAAGAAGAGGAGGAAGAUGGAUAGGUCGUUUGCAGUUCCUGAUAGCGUUCUCGUUGGGGAUCGUACAAAGGGAGAGUAUGAGAAUUCUUUGGAUGAGCGACAACAGCAGAACGGCGGCUUCGAGACACCUGCGGAGGGGUCCCUCACCAACUUUGUCGAAAUCGGCCAAGCUCGCGACAAAAUUCUCUCCCUAAAACUUGACCAGAUCUCUGGAACCGCGACGUCAGGAAUGAGCACCUCAGUGGAUCCCAAGGGAUACCUCACAUCUCUCAACAGUGUCGUCAUCAAAUCUGACGCUGAAAUUGGAGACAUCAAACGUGCUCGAAUGCUCUUCGACUCCUUGGUUAAAUCCAACCCAAAACACUCUCCUGGGUGGAUCGCAGCGGCUUGUCUAGAGGAGCAUGCAGGCCGAAUGGUUGCGGCCAGGAAGAUCAUCAAAGCCGGAUGUGAGCAGUGCCCGAAAAGCGAGGAUGUCUGGCUCGAGGCUGCUCGUUUGCAUAACAACGCGGAUGCCAAAGUCAUUCUUGCGAACGCCGUUCAGCACGUCAGCCAGAGCGUGAAAAUCUGGUUGGCUGCAGCCGAUCUCGAAACGGACGUCAAUUCCAAGAAGCGCGUUCUUCGCAAAGCGCUGGAACACAUUCCGAAUUCAGUUCGAUUGUGGAAGGAAACCGUCAAUCUGGAGUCGUCCGCUGCCGAUGCGCGUGUGCUUCUUUCUCGUGCGGUUGAAGUUAUACCUCAAUCUGUCGAGCUCUGGCUUGCGCUUGCACGUCUUGAAACUCCAGAAAAGGCCAAAGGUGUCCUCAACAAGGCUCGCAAAAUCAUUCCGACGUCGCACGAGAUCUGGAUCGCAGCCGGUCGGCUGAUCGAGCAAGACGCGCUGGGGAAGCAGGGCGAAGACCAAAAGAAAGACUGGGCAUUGGUUGACAGGACCAUCGCCAUGGGUGUGAAAGAGCUGCGGAAACAUCAAGUGCUGUUGACUCGUGAGCAAUGGCUGAAAGAGGCCGAGCGGUGCGAGACGGAAGGUUCACCGAGAACGUGUCAAGCGAUUAUCAAAGCCACCAUCGGGAUGGAUGUGGAGGAAGAGGAUCAGCUGGAUACGUGGGUCGGAGAUGCUGAGGCUGCCGAGGCGAAAGGGAUGGUCGGGACUGCGCGUGCCAUUUUCGGCGAGGCGCUGCAAGUCUUUCCGUCGAAGAAAUCGUUGUGGAUCCGCGCUGCCGAGCUGGAAAAAGCCCAUGGAACAAAGGACAGCUUGCAUGAUAUUCUCAAGCGUGCCGUGGAGCAUUGCCCUCAGGCCGAGGUGUUGUGGCUCAUGGCCGCCAAGGAGCAGUGGCUGUCUGGUGACGUGCCGGCCGCGCGUUCAAUUUUAGAACAAGCUUUCGUUGCGAAUCAGGAGAGCGAGCAAAUCUGGCUUGCCGCGGUCAAGCUCGAGGCCGAGAACAACGAACUUGGAGUUGCCAGAGAAUUGCUGGUCCGUGCUCGAAGUGUAGCCGAUACGGAACGGAUCUGGAUGAAAUCCGCCGUUUUCGAGAGGCAGCAGGGUCGUUUGGACGCUGCCCUCGAGACCCUUACCACCGCACUGCAGAAAUUCCCCAAGUUCGCGAAGCUGUACAUGAUCCAGGGCCAGAUCUACCAAGCGCAAGGCAACGUUACCGCGGCACGUGCUUCAUUUGCGGCUGGCUACAAGGCCUGUCCCAAGGAGGCGACCCUCUGGAUUCUCGCCAGUCGUUUGGAGGAAGCGGACAACAAGAGCAUCAAAGCACGUGCCCUCCUCGAGAAGGCACGUCUCGUCAACCCUGCAAACGACGUGCUCUGGGCCGAAGCAGUUGGUGUCGAAGAGCGUUCGGGUGGCGCAGCCCAAGCGAAGGCUAUGCUCGCCCGCAGCUUGCAAGAGUGCCCCACUUCGGGGCUCCUCUGGUCGAUGUCCAUCUGGGCCGAGCCACGGCCCGUGCGCAAAGCCCGAUCUGUGGACGCCCUGAAGAAGAGCGCUGACAACCCGAUCAUCAUCUGCACCGUCGCGCGGCUGUUCUGGGCGGAGCGCAAAAUCGAGAAGGCGCGGCAGUGGUUCGGUCGCGCCGUUGCCACGGAUCCGGAUCUCGGGGACGGCUGGGCGUGGUGGCUCAAGUUCGAGCGCCAGCAUGGAACGGAGGAGCAUCGGCAGCAGGUGAGAAAGCAGUGUGUGGCUGCUGAGCCUCACCAUUCGCCCGUCUGGCAAUCCAUCGCCAAGGACCCAAAGAACAUCGGGAAAACGACGGCGCAGAUUCUCGAGAUGGUUGCAGACGUCUUGCAGUGAAUUCAACUGUUUGUGUUGUAAAUAGUAGCGGUCGACCGCAUGCAAGAUAUGAUGCUGUAUUGCUGGGGCUACGACGGCCGGAGGAUGAGCGCAGAUAUGUAGCUGGUGUGAUGACCCCUGCCCCAGUGAAUGAAUGGAGUUGGCUGUAACAGUAUCCAGUGACAGGAAUAUUUGACGCAUUCAUGAUUCCAGAUAAUCGUCAGAUACAUUUCUAAACUACAGGCUGAGCGUAUGCAAGUUACAUAGAUACAUACAUUGUACAAGAGAUGGCAAAUACAAGCCUUCCGUUAUCCCUGUUCAUGGUCCCGCCUCUCGCCCUCAAACGACUCCUGCUGCAUCCUCAACGCGAGAACGCGAAGCCGCUCGACAGGAUCAUACCCAGGCGCGCGCUCGUGCCCCAUCUCGAUCUCCACCCGCUGGAUGAUAGUCGCCACAUCGCCCAGCGACAGCCCUAUCGCGCCGAAAAUCGACCUGCAGCAGACACGGGGGCAUUCCAGCACGGAGCAAGGAGCAGGGGGGCGAGACGUGCGUACCGUGUGUUGCGUGCCUCGUUCAGCAGCCGGUGCAGCUCCCGGCCGUCCAGCGCGUCCGGGCCCGUGCGGUGCGCCGCAGUCUGCUGCACGACGUCCGCGAGGCGGAACACCUCGCUCUGCAGCGCAUCGCGGUCCGUCUGCAGCUGCCGCACGUGCUCCUGCAUCGCGCGCGCCUGCUCCGCGAGCGCAUCGAUCGCGUCCUCGGCGCUCGCCGCAGCCACGCGGGCGUCGGAUAUCUGGCCCUCGAGCCGCGCGAGGUGCGCGUUGGAGCCGAGCAGAUCGGUGGAGAGGUCCGACACGGCCUGCGCGCGCUGCGCAUCCAGCUCGCGCAGGCCCUCGAGCUCCGUGCGCAGACUGUUGAGGUGCGGCAGCGCGGGGUCGGCGGGCAUCUGGUGCUGCUGCUGCUGGAGCUGUGCGUUUCCGAGCCGCUGCUGCAGGAUGCGCGUCGCGAGCGCCAUCUCGUCCAUGCGGCGGCGCAGGGCGCUGAGGCGCCGUCGUGUGAGGAGGUACGGGACGCAGGCGAUGGGGACAAGGAGGACGCUGAGGACACCGAGGUGGCGGAUCGUCGAGGCGCGCGAGUACGAGGUAGGUCGCUCAUCUCUCGGAGGAUGCGCGGCAGGAGGGGUCUCCAUGGUGGUUAGCAAUACAAGGCAGGCAGCAAUCCGCUUAUGAAUGCAGCACAGCCACUACUGUCUCAUCAUGAGAGACCGAUAAG